AUGAAACCACUCAAGUGUUGUUCUCAAAGUCUCAUUCUCCAUCACUCUGUAUUUCAUCACAGUUCUCAGUCUCCUUCACGACCAUUGAUUCAGAGAUUCUUUUGCAAGUUGCGUUUCUCUUCCCCUUCCGAAUUCAACUUAAAAUGUGAUACGAAAUCCAGCCAUGAGUCUCUGAUCAGAGGCUUCCAGCUUGCAUUUUCAUUGAGGAGCAUUUCACUUGGUGGAGAAGAUAAGUAUUUAAAGAAAAAGAAAAUCAGAGAAGCAAAAGAAGCUGCACGCAGAUCAAAGAUAACUAAGUCCGUAAGAUUGCUUGGAGAUGCAUCAGCCUCUUUCGAAAAGAAUUGCGUAAGGGGAAUUCAGGCCAAUAGUGAAAGGAUUUCUAAACUACUACACGAGUCACUCAUGCUUGUCACAUGUUUGAACCCGAAAAUUGGUUAUGACAAUGCUGCAGCAGUCGCAAAAAAGGCACACAAGGAAGGAACUAGCCUAAAGGUGGAUACCUAUGAGGACGAAUCAGAUAUGUCCUAUGAUUCAGAGGAUGAUAGUGAUCUGGAAGUCUGUUCCGAUGGGGAGGAUCUGUUAAACCAGCAUCCCUUGGAGUCUGAUGGUAAAUUUGCAGUUCCCUUGCUUCAUUGAAGGCUGCUUUUGAAGCUUUGGCUGGAAAAAAAGCCUCUGCAUCUGGGUCCUACGGGAAGAGAAGUUGCUCCUGUCACUGUUGAGGGUGAAUCAAAUGCCUCUAGUUCCCAAUUGAACAACAGUAUUCAUUGUGCUGGUCCUAUGUGUGUUCUACCCCUCUAUGCCAUGCUUCCUGUAUCUGCUCAGCUUCGUAUAUUUGAACAAGUCAAGGAAGGAGAGCACCUUUUUGUUGCUACCAAUGUGGCUGAGACCUCUUUGACAAUUCCGGCUGUCCGGGUAUAAAAUAUGUGGGUUGACACAUGUAGAGAAGAAGUAAAAAGGCACAACUCCAAUGGGAUGGAAACAUAUGAAGUCCAAUGUGCAGGGAGAGCAGGAAGAACUGAACCUGUUCAUUGCUAUCACCUUUAUUCUUCAGCAGUCUUUAAUGACAUAUUCUCUCCCUUCUCAGAUGCUGAAAUUUUGUUGCAAAUUUCCCUUUCCCAACUCCUCCUGAGCCAACUGCCUUAGUUGAAGCAGAGUGAUGCUUAAAAGUUCUUGAAGCACUUGAUGUCAA